AGUGCCACGUGCCCAUCAGUGCCACAUCAAUGCCACAUAUCAGUGCCUACCAGUGCACAUCAAUGCCACCCAUCAGUGCCAGUCAGUGCCACCUAUCAGUGCCACCUAUCAGUGCUGCCUUUCAGUGCCCAUCAGUGAUGCCUGUCAAUGCCCAUCAGUGCCACCUACCAGUGCCUCUUCAUCAGUGUCCAUCAAUGCAGCCUAUCAGUGCCCAUCACUGCAGCCUCAUUAGCGCACAUCAGUGAAGGAGAACAAAAUUACAAAAUUUUAUAA